GCUGCUGACACAUCCCAGGAGGGUGUGGACUGUGUGGUGAAUGUAUGAAAGCCAACUAGGGCAGAGAGCAAAAGAACCAGUUGGAGGAAGAAUGACACCACAGGGAGAUGAAUCUCCAGUUUGGCAAUUCUAAUUCCAGCUCUUUCAUUAAUGAGCUGUGUAACCUUGGCCAAACGUCUUCCUCUUUGUAGGCUCCAGUGUCUGUGUUUGUAAAAUGAGGGCUUGGAUUAGCUGGUCUCCAAAGUCUAUUCCAGGAUUGAUGCUGUGGGAUUCUGCAAUCAGUGUGUGGCCUGGACACGAGUGGAAGGAAGCAGAUGACACUCAGACCCAGUGGGCUUGCUAAAAUCACCAAGAAAGGUAAAUGGAAGAGGUGGAGACCAGUUUAUUCCAGACACGGAAAGCACACAGAAUAGAACAAAUGGUGGCAAGAUGGCUACGACGUUCGCGGGACAGCUCAGCCCGGGCUAAAGUUGCUGCAGCUGAUGGGCCUGCAGGGAUCCCAAUCCAGACCAUCACCCCUGUGAAACACACAGUAAAAAUAGACAAAGAUGCCCUCCUCCAGGACUAUGGAUUUCACAUUUCUGAGAGCCUUCCCCUCACAGUGGUGGCCGUCACAGCAGGAGGCUCUGCUCACGGCAAGCUUUUUCCUGGUGAUCAGAUCCUCCAAAUGAACGACGAGCCUGCGGAAAGCCUUUCCUGUGAACGAGCAGUCAAUAUACUGAGGGAAGCUGAAGACCCUCUUUCAAUCACAGUUGUUCGCUGCACAUCGGGGGAUUAUAGGAGACCUUAUCAAACACUUUGCAAGAAUGAAGGAAUACUGCUAUAUCCACAGGACCCUGCCUUACCAAUCUGGAAUCCCAUCUUCAAAAGAAAAAUGAACUUGGUUGACUCUGACUUAUUCUUGGGAGUCCCCAAGUCAUCCUUCUUGACUGAGGAGAAGAGAGCCAGGCUAAAGACCAACCCCGUGAAGGUGCACUUUGCUGAAGAAGUGCUUGUCAGUGGACACAGCCAGGGUAAUUCUCUGCUGUGUAUGCCCAACGUGCUCAAGCUGUACUUGGAGAAUGGACAGACCAAAGCUUUCAAGUUUGAGGCAAACACAACUGUGAAGGACAUCAUCCUCACCGUGAAGGAGAAGCUGUCCAUCCGAAGUAUGGAGUACUUCGCACUGGCCCUGGAAGAGCAGUACAACAUCUCACGGCUACACCUGCUGCACGAGGAGGAGCUCAUCCAGCAGGUGGUAGAAAGGGAGGAGUCACAUGACUACCGCUGCCUCUUUAGGGUGUGUUUUGUUCCCAAGGACCCCCUGGACCUCCUGAAAGAAGACCCUGUGGCCUUUGAAUACCUCUAUCUGCAGAGCUGCAGCGAUGUGCUCCAGGAGCGCUUUGCUGUAGAAAUGAAAUGUAGCUCUGCGCUCCGACUCGCAGCCCUGCACAUCCAGGAGCGGAUCUACGCAUGUGCUCAGCCACAGAAGAUCUCUUUGAAGUACAUAGAGAAGGACUGGGGAAUAGAGAACUUUAUAUCUCCAACUUUACUCCGAAACAUGAAAGGCAAAGACAUCAAGAAAGCUAUUAGCUUCCACAUGAAGAGGAACCAGAAUUUGCUGGAACCCCGACAAAAGCAACUUAUAUCUGCUGCCCAACUACGUUUAAAUUAUCUACAGAUCCUUGGGGAACUCAAGACAUAUGGUGGAAAAAUCUUUAAUGCUACUCUAAUGUUACAGGAUAGAGAAUCCUACAUUGCCCUUCUAGUUGGAGCCAAGUAUGGGAUUAGCCAAAUUAUCAGUAGCAAACUCAACAUCAUGUCCACGUUGGCAGAGUUUGCCAACAUCAGCCGUGUGGAGCUGACAGAGGAGUCCGAGAAAGUGAGCAUGGUCAAAGUGUAUCUUCAGGACGUCAAGGUUCUGACGUUGCUGCUGGAAUCCAACAGUGCAAAAGACCUGGCCUGCCUGAUUGCUGGGUACUACAGGCUAUUUGUCGACCCAGAUACCUCCAUUUUCCUGUGGCCAGGAAACAAACAACAGGUGCACCGGGUAUCUGCUGAAGAAGGCUACGAAUCCAGGGCGUGCAGUGACUCAGAGGAGUCCUCUGAAGUGGACUGCGUGCUGGAGCCUCUCUCUGACGGACACGUGCUGAAGCUGGGCCCCUGCAGACCGCUCGUAAAAGAGGAGCAGCCUCCUGGGGACAGCCCCAUGCCUGAGAUGGCCAGGAGGGGCCCAAGCACCUCCGGGGCCAGCAGCAUGACAGACAGUGCUGAGUCCGAGGCUUCUGACUCUGCCAACACUGAGAGCCGAGGCUGUAGGACCAGUGGCUCCAGUGAGUCUAUGGAUGCCCUGGAAGAGGAUGACUUGGACACUUGCUCUUCUAGCAGGUCUGGCUUCUUCCACUCUAACUCACCAGGCUUCCCAGAGACUCUUGGUUCCAGCAGCCAAGAGGAGAGAAGCAGGAUUGAAACCAAUGGCUUCCUGUGUCUCCUGGACUUGGCCCAAAGAGCCAAUCAUCCAUGCCAGAAGACUGAGUUUUCUGAAAGCCCCACUCCUGAGACUUUCAGCUGGGGACCAGAACUGAGUGCAGUCAGGCUGGACCCUAGGCUAUAUGAGGGCAGCCGAACCGACUACUAUAGCCUGUGCUCCAGUGUCUCCCUGGCCAGCCACCUGAGCAACAGCUCAGAGAGCACAGCUUCCCGGCAGGGCAGAGGCCUGCCAGCCUGGGGUCAGAAGGGCUGGACUGAGGCCCAACCCAGCUCUGCUCUGGAAGCCCUGGCCCCGCAUCUGCCACUGGCCUUUGAGGACGGUAGCUCAGAUGAGGAAUACUAUGAUGCUGCUGACAAGCUCACACCCCCAGACACCCUCUCAGGGCCCAGAGCUGUUUCUGCUGCAGAAGCCAGUGCCACAAACUCACAGAAUAAGGUUAGCACGUGCACCCUUGAGGAUGGCCUGAAUCCUGGGCCAGAUGGAAGAGAACCAAGCAGAAGGGGAGGUGUGAAGAAGUACGCUAAGACACUGAGAAAAAGAAGGUCUUUCCUACAGACUGACUACACCUGUCAAGUUUCAUUUCCUCUGGUGCCAUCAGCCUCACUGGAGAGUGUGGACGACGUGUGCUACUACAACAGGGAGCCCUAUCUAGCCCUCGGUGCACCCUCCCCAACUGUAUCCUCUCUGCAGGACAUGCACAGUGAGCCUGGCCUCCUGGAGACGAAGGCCCUGGGACUGCUGGGUCCCUUGAGGAAGCCCAAGAGCAAAAGCCCAGCCUCCCGGGUCAUGGAGAUGGAGCCUGAGACCAUGGAAACCAAGUCAGUCAUUGACUCUCGAGUGUCUUCUAUUUCUGCCAUUCGCCUCCGGAUUGACCCCAACCAUAAAGAGAGUUCUGGGGAUGCCCCCCUGACUGCCACUGUUGCUAGUUCCCCAGCGAGUACCCCUCACUGUUCCAACCCAGGUUCAUCUGGCCCAGAUAAUUCUCGGGCAGAGCCUUCCCAAACCUUGUCUCCAUUUCAACACUCAGAUGGCAGUGCCCCCAAAGAACUCACCCUAGAGCUUGGGGACAGCACUUCCUCCCUCUCCAGUACUGACCCCAACCCAGAUAGAGGCUGCCAGGCCAUCAGCCCAGGGCUGCAUAAUGCCUCUCAAGCAGACACACUAGAGCUGGGAGGAGUCCAGUUUGAAACAAGAUCAGGAUCUUUGUUUACAAAUCCUAUGCAAGAAACUGCCCCCAAAUGCACAGAGCCUUUGUUGUCUCCUCCACUCAGGCCUAGAAGUGGUGAAUAUGGAAUAUAUUCAGAAGAGAAGAUGGCUUCUUUCCCUUCAGAGGAGGAGCAACAAGGACAGCUAUCUCUGGGACAUGAUGGAGAAGUUACAAACAAAAAUGGCACUGAUUUAUUUCAUGAUGAAUCUUGGAAAGAUUCAGGUGACUCCAGGGGUGACCUGUCGAAUGCUGUGCUACAGACUGGUGUCAGCGCUCCAGCUGGUGCAAUAAUAGCCUCCCUGUCCUUGAAGUCUCCUGUAACAGGAACUGAGCAGAUCCUGCCACAUUCCCCCACAGACCCCAAAGGACAGAGCAGAGAAACCCCAAGCCAAACCUGCCAGGCCCAAGAGCAAAAACUCUUGGAAGAGCUGGAUUUAGACCCUGAUUUCUUGUUUGGGGACCAGACCAUUCCAUCAGCCUUCCCUCUGGAGGAGGUCAAGGCAGAGCCACUUAACCAUAUGAUAGGGAAAGAUACAGCCUCUAGGGACACUACGCAGCAGAUCUGUUUUAAUCCAGGUCCUUCUCUGCCAAAGCCACUAGCGUGUCCCCAAAAGGAGCCCCACUUAGAAGGCUCAAAUCACUGUUCAUUGUCAGAAAGCAAAGGCAAAAGCCCUAGCAUCUGCCUUCCUGCUGAGAAAUCUUUCCUGUGCUUUGCCCCAGAAAGCCAUUCUAAAGUUUCUGCCAGUCUCAGGAUGGCCACAUCUUUGGGGUUUGUGGGUGCGAAUGAAACAGUGGCCCCUAGGAUUGGGAUGGAGCAGUGCAGCUGCCAGUUCUCCUAUGCCACGUGCUUCCGUGGCCUGCAGCCAGAGACAGAGGAAGAAGACAGGGACUUGGAAGCACACCCUACAGCCCCCCUCACCUCACCACCCUCUGCAGGAAGCCGGCUGGCCCUACCCUGGAGGCCUGCCCGGACCCACAGCUGCAGUGCCGAGCCCCUGCCGAGGAAGAGCCACAUCUGGCCAGAGUACUGCUCCAGGGCUCUGAGACAGCUGAAAGCUGCCCCUGCCAGCACCCCAGAGGGCUUCAUCCAACUCAGAGAGAGCUUACUGGAAUUACAAGAUAUUUUAGAAGCUUCCUGGGGGAGUGGGAACAAACAUCCCCCGGAGAAGUGCACCUGGCACUUUUCAGAAAGCCGGAGCCGCCUCUGCAUGGGUUCCCAGAAACUCCUGUCGAGCUGUCAACAUGUGAUCAGAAUGGACCAGUCCCCUGAAGAGAUGCAGGGGGCCGUGCGGUACACCUUCCAGCACCUGGUCCAGCUGGCCGGCCUGUGCUUCCAGUUCACAGACUGCAGCCGCUGCUCCAGUCGGCACAGGGAAGCAGCAGGGAACCUGAGGGAUGUGGUGUACGCCUACCAUCAAUUUGUAGAAGCUGCUAAGCUGACCUGUGAGAGAGGCUACCACGAUCUGAGUGUGAAACUCUUGGCCCGUCGGUGCACAGCCCUCACCGCUGCCGUGUUUUGUUUGACGCAGAAGUUCCGGGCAUCCGCUGCCCUGUGAGCAGGCUGCUUGCCCAGGCCCCUACCCUGCCCUGGACACUUUCCUGAGAAGCCCCUCCAUUCCUCCGCCCACCCCUCCAAAAUGUUUACUAGAAUAUUAAAAUAAACUGCUGCUUCAUCCUG